ACUUUAGAUCGUAUCAAAAGCUAAUGCAGUACCACUUGUUGUUCAUAAUUUUUUUAAAGUUAAUAUAGUUUACGGAAGAGUAGUUUUCUUCAUUUAAAAGACAAAGAGGAGUUUUACCGAUUCAGAUUAUUAUUUUCUUUUUUUAACUGUGUAUCAGCAUAAUAUUAUUUAUAUUUGUAAAAUAGAAAAUAUUAAUUUUAAUUAUGCCUUUCUUUAGUGGCCGUUGCUACAGUACCGUUAAAUUAAUUGGAAAAACGGCUGUUAUAACAGGAUGUAAUACGGGAAUAGGAAAAGAAACUGCUCUUGAUUUCUAUAAACGAGGAGCUCGAGUUAUAAUGGCUUGUAGAAAUUUAGAAAAAGCAGAAGAGGCUAAGAGUGACAUUGAGAAAGCUUGUAUAGAGUUACCAGAGAAAGGUAACUUGGUGCUCCAACAUUGUGACCUAUCCUCAUUGAAAUCUGUUAGAGAGUUCUGCCAAAAAAUACUUGACACGGAACCACAAGUUAAUAUUCUUGUUAACAAUGCGGGGAUAAUGAUGUGUCCAAAAGGUGAAACAGAAGAUGGAUUUGAAAUCCAAUUUGGCACAAAUCAUUUGGCCCAUUUUUUACUUACAAUGCUGCUUCUGCCAAGAAUUAUAAGAAGUAAACCAGCCAGGAUUGUAACAGUGUCUUCAAGAGCUCAUAUCAGAUACAAUAUUAAGUUGGAUGACUUAAAUUUUAAACAACGACCCUAUAAUGCUGCAGAGGCCUAUUCUCAAAGUAAGUUGGCAAAUGUGUUGUUCUCCAAUGAGUUGGCCAGAAAGUUAAAGGAACAUAAUAUAGAAGAUGUUAACACGUAUAGUUUACAUCCUGGUGUGAUAAAAACUGAACUUGGAAGACAUUUAAACGAAAGCCUAUUCAGAGGCGCGAGGACACUGCUUGGUUUAGUUUUGGGCCCAUUUAUGAAGUCGCCUGAACUUGGGGCACAGACUACCAUCUACUGUGCAGUUGAUGAGAAAUGUUCAAAUGAAACGGGCUUGUAUUAUAGUGACUGUCAAGUAACUAGUCCAAGCCAUAAAGCAUUGAAUGAGGAAACUGCUCAGAAACUGUGGGAGAAAUCCAUGGAACUUGUCGGAUUAAUCGAUUAUAAUCCCUUCACCACAAAAGACUAGUGUUAAAGCUAGGCCAAUGUUAUGAAAUAUAGUAUAUUUUAUUAAAAAUAUAAAUAUCAUAAUUAUACAUAAAUAAUUUUAAUUUCGUUACUUUUCUAUGAAUUAUAAAAUAAUAUAUUUUAGGUAUUGUACCUAUCUAUAUAA